AUGGCUGAAUUCAAGCUCUCAGCGCAGCUUCUCGGCCACGAGGCUGACGUCCGCGCCGUUAGCUUUCCCUCCCCCGAUUUCGCCCUCUCGGCCUCCAGAGACUGCACGGUCAGGAUAUGGCGGCGCAUACAAACAAGCCCGCCAGCUUUCGAGGGAACGCUGGUCAGCCGCGGCUCCGAAUACGUCAACUCGGUGGCCUUCUUCCCCCCGAACCAAGAGCACCCGAACGGCCUCGUGGUGUCGGGAGGCAAGGACACCAUCAUCGAGGUCAAAUCGCCCAACUCCUUGGCGACCGACAACGCUGAGCGGCUCCUCAUUGGCCAUGCACACAACGUCUGUACGCUGGAUGUCUCCCCCAAGGGAACAUACCUCGUUUCGGGCGGAUGGGACGGCCAGGCCCGUGUGUGGAACCUGAGCAAGUGGGAGACUGAGCUGAUGCUCGGUGGCCACGAGGGCAUGGCUGUCUGGAGCGUUGUUGCCAUUGACGAGACAACUGUGGUGACGGGCUGCGCGGACAAGAGCAUUCGGGUGUUUGAUCUGACGCAGGGCAGAGGCGGCGAGGUCAUGCCCGCGGCCACCAUCUACACUCCCGAUGUUGUUCGAGCGCUGUGCAAGGUCCCUAAGGGCCACCCCAGCGGUGCGGACAUUGCCAGUGCGAGCAACGACGGCACUCUGCGGUUGUGGAAGCUCAACGGCCAGCAGGUCAGCGAGCUUCAUGGACACGAGAGCUUUGUGUACAGCCUGGCCAGUUUGCCAUCCGGCGAGCUUGUCAGCUCCGGCGAGGAUCGAACCGUCAGGAUAUGGAAGGGGACCGAAUGCAUCCAGACCAUCACGCACCCGGCCAUAUCUGUGUGGACGGUUGCUGUCAACGCAGAGACGGGGGAUAUCAUUACCGGCGCCAGUGACGGCGUCGCACGCAUUUUCACCCGGCGAUCGGAGGCCAUGGCAGAUGAUGCCACUCUCAAGGAGUUCCAAGACUCUGUCAAGGCCUCGGCCAUCCCGCAGCAGCAGCUUGGAGGCAUCAACAAGGAGAAACUGCCGGGCCCAGAGUUUCUGGCCUCCAAGGCUGGCACCAAGGAGGGCCAGGUUCAGAUGAUCAAGGAGAGCAACGGCAACGUCACGGCUCAUACUUGGUCCAUGGCACAGCAGCAAUGGAUCAAUGUUGGCACCGUGGUUGAUGCCGUCGGCAGCACGGGCAAGAAGGUUGAAUACAACGGACAAUCCUACGAUUACGUAUUCGACGUCGACAUUGAGGAUGGAAAGCCCCCGCUCAAGCUACCCUACAAUCUCUCCGAGAACCCUUACGAGCGAGCAACUAAGUUCCUCAACGACAACGAACUGCCGCUGUCCUAUUUAGACAACGUGGCGAAUUUCAUCACCGAAAACACCAAGGGGGCUACUCUUGGAAAGUCUGCCCCUUCCUCGGGACCUGAUCCAUAUGGCACAGAGUCACGAUACCGACCUGGCGAAGAAUCCCAGUCGCAAUCAGCAAAGGUACUGCCGCAGAAGGAGUACCUUAGCAUUUCAGCUGCGAAAUUCGAUGCCAUCUUGAACAAAGUUACAAAUGUUAAUAAGACUAUGAUCUCUUCUGGUCGGAAAGACGUGGCCCUAAAUCCAGGAGAAGAGAGCACCCUGCUGUCAGCAAAGGCAGCUCUGGAAUCUUCAAAAGCCAUUCCUGCCCCUGCACUCAAUGUGAUUCUCAAGAUUGUCACUGAGUGGCCAUAUUCUGAUCGACUCGCUGGUCUCGACCUGCUCCGCUGCGUGGCCAGAUACCCUAUAGCAGCGCAAUUUAAGGGGCCCUUGAACGAAAGCCUCGUGGAUAUAGCCAUUGCCUCGGCGGUUCCCGAUGACUUCCCGCCCAACGAGAAUGCGGCCAUGAUGGGCGCUCGAGCAUUGGCUAAUCUCUUUGGUUCGGCUGAUGGUCGAAGCCUUGCGAGCUCACAAGCGGACAAGGCCAUUUCGUUUAUAGAACGUAUCACGGGCAUCAAAGGGGGCGAGCCCAUUGGCAAGUUCAACCGCAAUGUCCUUGUUGCGGUGACAACGGUGGCGGUUAACUAUUCUGUUCUUGUCAACAAGGAGAAGCUGCUGACUCCCGAGCAACGGCGACGUCUGGUUGCUGUGCUUGGGACCGUCCUCAGGGACCAGACAGAUUCGGAGGCUCUGUAUCGAGCUCUGGUUGCUCUCGGCACCAUCCUGUCGACAUCCAAGGAUGAAGCAAAGAACCUCGGCGUGACGGCGUGGAUUCAGGGUGCGGCGAACAAGAGCUCUGAAGAAAGAAUCAAGGGCGCGGCGAGUGAGUGUCUGAAUCUGAUUCCCCGGUGA